AUGCUGGGAACAGUCUUGAAAACGAACGAUCCGUUCGAUGCAGCAAGUUGGAGUGAACCUUACACAUUCUUGACCCCCAACGGAGAUCUGGAUCUUUUCUGGGAUGACGACGGAAAAAUGUACAUCCCGGGAGGCGGCCACGUCCUCCUCGACGUCGACCUCGGGACGGGGACGGUUGUCAACAACACGUUCCUCUGGGGCGGCACCGGUGGCGUGUGGCCUGAAGGUCCUCACAUUUACCGCAAAGACGGCUGGUACUACCUCUCUGCCGCCGAGGGAGGGACCGAGACUGGGCACUACCAGGUAAUGGCUCGAUCUUCUAGCCUGACGGGCCCGUAUGAACCGUGCCCGUACAACCCGGUCUUGACGAACAAGGAUACCAAUGAAUAUUUUCAGACAAUCGGCCAUGCAGAUCUGUUCCAAGACUCUCAUGGAAACUGGUGGGGUGUCGCACUAGCUACUCGUUCCGGGCCAGAAUGGAGAAUCUAUCCCAUGGGCCGCGAAACAGUUCUGUACCCAGUCACCUGGCGAGAAGGCGAGUGGCCGAUACUGGAACCCGUCAGAGGCAAGAUGUUGGGUUGGCAAAUGCCCCCGGCAUCUAGAGACCUCCCGGGAGACGGCCCAUUCAACUCAGACCCCGACGCGUACGACUUCACGGCACUGGGCAGUAUUCCCCGGAACCUCAUCCGCUGGAGGGUUCCAACCGAUGGCGCUUUUUCGAUUGAUAGCUCUCGAGGACUCCAUAUCGUGCCUAGUCGCGCGAACCUCACGGGCGACAAUGCGGAUCUGGAUGGCCGUUCGGGGCUAUCUUUCAUCGGACGACCUCAAACUGACUCUCUGUUUACCUUUGAAGCCGUCAUUGAUGCACCACUGAACGAGGUUGACCAAGAAACUGGCGUUACUUUGUUCCUGACGCAGUUCAACCACGCUGAUGUCGGGGUAGUAAUCCUCCCCAAGGCUGACGGCUCCGGAGGAAACGAUCGCAUGUUACGCUUCCGGGCCACAGGAGAAGAUGCGCCUGCUGAGAAUCUCGUCCAGGUACCUGAAGCGUGGGGAGACGAGUCAAUUCACUUCCAAAUCGUCACAGUCAACAGAACUCACUACACGAUGGCCGCAUCUCAGGCUUCUCAACCCGGUCAGCAGGUCGUCAUGAGCACGUUCUCAGCAAGACUGGUCAGUGGCCAGAGUGGUCCUUUCACCGGCUCUUUGGUCGGCGUCUACGCUACCUGCAAUGGCGCUGGCUCUGAAGUUGGUUGCCCGUCUGGAGGUGAUAGCUGGGUGAAGGAGUGGCUUUACGAAGGCAAAGGUCAAUACUAUACUGCAACAGACCUAAUUCCAGAGUAA